ACAGAUGCUUUAGCACAGCAGUAUAAUAUCUCUUUAUUGUAUCGUGCAUGUCUUAUUAGUUUCGCAGCUGUUAAGUCAUUAUUUUACAAUCAAGGCAGGCUUAUUUUACAAUCAUUUGCCAAGCUGAUCAUAGUUGGUGAUGCACAGAAUGUUGUUCUAAAGUAUGGACUUCACCGAGUGUUAUGCAGACUCUUGCUCAGCCGUUGCGCUGGCCGCCCGGGACGGGAAGAGUCGCCGAGUUCAGAAGCUGAUCCGGAGAGGCUUUGCUGUGGACGUGAAAGAUAACCGGGGCUGGAACGCUCUGCAUGAGGCUGCGGCGGCUGGAACAGCGGGGUGUGUUCGGCUUCUGAUCCCCGCUGCUGUCAAUUGCGAAGACUACGUCAACACUUUGACACACAACUCAGAGACUCCUCUAUACUUUGCUGCGAAAUAUGGACACCUCCGGGCAGUGAAGUGGCUUAUCAAAGCUGGUGCAGACAUUAACAGGAAGACCAAUGAUCUCUCCUGUCCCCUCUAUGCUGCUGUAGAUGGUGGACAUAAAGAUGUGAUUGAGCUGUUGGUGAGAAAUGGAGCAGAAGUCAAUGGGACUUACUCUUUGUCAGGCUGGUCUUGCCUCCAUCAAGCUGUUUACAAGGGCCAUAUUGAGAUUGUGCGGUACCUGGUGAGCUUGUGCACUCUGGAGGCUGUGGAUGACUAUGGGAUCACACCAUUAUUCGUUGCUGCACAAUAUGGACAUCACCAAUGCUUGGAUAUUCUUGCAAAUGCUGGGGCAAAUGUGAACUGCCAGGCAAACGAUCUGGCCACACCUCUGCUCAUUGCUGCUCAGGAGGGCCACGAACAGUGUGUGGAGUGUUUACUGGCCCAUGGAGCUGACCCGAACCUGUACUGCAAUGAGUACUGCUGGCAGCUCCCCAUUCUCGCCGCGGCUCAGUUCAAUCGAUUGAGUAUUUUAGAGAAGCUGAUUCCAGUAACAAAGCGAGAAUGUGACCGGGGUGAAGGAAAGGUCAGUCCGGUUUAUUUGGCAGUACUUGGUGGACACGCAGACAGCCUUCGGGCCUUGCUACAGAAAGGCUACAGUCCAGAUGCCCAGAGCUGUCCGCAGUUUGGCUACAGCUGCCCUUUGGAGAUGGCACUGUGGACAUGGCUUGAUGCCUCUUGGAAUUUAAACAGCGAGUGUCACCAAGCUCAAGAGAUCACUCUGAUUCUGCUGGCCGCAGGCGCUCAUGUGAACACGUCCAUCUACGGCUUCACUUUACAAGGCCAUGUACCAGAGCACCUGCCCUUAAUCCUAAAGCAUGCUGGUCUACCUCAGGGUGACCGACUGCGAGAACUGAUCGACAGAGCCCUAACUGAGGUGAAAGAUGCCUCUUUCUGGCUCCCCCUGCUGCUAAAAGCGGGACUCGAUCCCAUGCUACUCCUCCAGGACAAACUGCUUGAGGAAGCGGGGAACGACGCGCUUAAUUUCUUUUUGGAGUUUGUUAAUUGGAAGACUCUGCCAUCAGAAAUGCUUCAGAUUCUCGCUCACCGGCGAGCCGAGGGCACCUGGACACCACGUAAACAUUUCGAAUCAGUCCCUGUCCUUGCGCAUCUGUGCCGCCUGGCAGUGCGGGCACACGUGGGCAGCGAUACUCUGUCUAAACCCUCCUUCAUCCAGCAGCUGCCCAUUCCCUCUCUGCUUCAAGACUACCUUCAUUUCAGCGACGUCUCAGGCCUGCUUACGUAACUGUUCUCCAUGGCUAAUUAAGCUAUCUCCACCGCAGUAUCUUGUACAUAAUGUUAAUAAAAUUUUAAUGACCGCUCAA